AAAACCUACACUCAGUAUGUGCAUCAGCAGCAGAGCAGUGAGCAGCGCCCGUAGAGAGGACAGGUUGGCGUAUGCUGUGGCUUCCCUGCACUCAUGGCUCGGCUCUCCCUCGCAGAAGUGGGUCUGCUGCUUCUGUUAGCGCUGGCUUUGAUGCUUGGUGCUGAGGCAGGUGAGAAGAGACAGCGUACACUGAGGAGGAAGAAGAGAGAGUGGAUCAUUCCUCCUGCCAAGCUGGAGGAGAAUGUUGACUACACGAAUAAAAAAUACAUUGCCAAGAUUCGGUCUGACAAAGACAUAAAUUCAACGGUGGCGUAUCAUCUCUCUGGAGAAGGAGCUGACAAAGAACCCUUCCGCCUCUUUGUGGUGGACGCUGUCACCGGGUUUGUGCGCAUCACUGGUAUUCUGGACCGGGAGAAAAAAGCAGUCUACGAUCUAACAGGGAAGGCUAAAUACUUGGAUGGGAGCUUAGCAGAGACGGACAUCCCACUGAAAGUCAUAGUCUUGGACCAGAAUGACAACACACCUUCUUUUGAGCUGCAGAGCGGCAACAUCACAGAGGCAAGCAAAAAAGGGUCCUAUAUCAUGCAAAUCGUGGGUAAAGAUGAUGACCAAGCGGGAACACCUAAUUCAGAGAUCUCCUACAGCAUUGUCAGUCAGCACCCAGCAGGCAAAGGUCAAAUGUUUAGUAUGGACAGCAAAACGGGCAAACUGUACGUCAUGGAGAACACACUGGACAGAGAGACUUGUGACUCCUACACACUGGUUGUGCAGGGGGCUGAUUUGGGAGGGGCAGCAGGGGGGAGAACGGGGACAGGAACGGUUGUGAUCAAGGUCCUGGACAUCAAUGACAACCCACCCACUCUGGAAAAAACUGCGUACACUGUUUCAGUGAAUGAAAAUGUCGCUGGCGUAGUCUUGAUGAGACUUAAAGCUCUGGACAAAGACCUCGAAUACACAGACAACUGGGAGGCUGUCUUUAAGAUCAUCACAGGAAAUGAAAAUAAUUUCUUCUCCAUUGAGACGGACAAGAAAACCAAUGAGGGUGUCCUGAAGCUGAUCAAGCCUCUGGAUUUUGAAGAACUCCAGAAACUCAAGCUUGGCCUGGUCAUUGAGAAUGUAGCUGCUUUGGUGAACAGUGGCCAUGGAGAGAUGAAUGUAGAUGUCUCUAAUCAAACGCAAAAUGCAACUUUAGAAAGCUAUUCCAUUCUGAUAUCAGUGAACAAUGUACUGGAGGCACCAGCAUUUAAGCCUGAAACAACGGUUGUUUCUGUAUCAGAAGAUCCAAAAAACAUGCCUGUGGAUGGUGUGGUCACAACAUUUACUGCUAUCGAUCCUGACACAGGACUACAAGCUAAAGAUGUCAGUUAUGCCAAAGCCUAUGAUCCUGACAACUGGUUUACCAUCGAUGAAGAAACAGCUGAGAUUAAACUCAACAAGGUACCAGACAGAGAGUCACCAUUCUUGGAGAAGGGCACCUACAUUGCCAAGAUUCUGGCCAUAACCAAAGACAUGCCUGCAAAGACAACCACGGGAACAAUAUCAGUUCAAGUCACGGACUCAAAUGACCAGUGUCCCACCCUGACCACCACCUCCACCAGCGUGUGCGCCAAUUCAAAAACUGUUUAUGUGACCGGCAUCGAUAAGGAUGUUAGUCCCAACGCUGCUCCAUUUUCAUUCAAAAUUGUACCUGAUGGGACACGAGGCAGCUGGGACGUAGAGGUCAUCAAUGAGACGAGUGCUGCUCUUCACUCCCAUGAGAUGCUGUGGCCCGGUACCUACGAGCUGCAGGUAGAGGUGGCAGACGCUCAGGGUCUGUCUUGCCCCGAAAAUGAAGUUUUCAAAGUGGACGUUUGUACUUGUGAGGAUACAGGAGACUGCAGCACAAGGACAUCCAAAUUAGCAGCUCCUUCCACUGAGCUCUCUGCUGCAGCCAUUGGCCUGCUGAUAUCUGCAAUAUGCUUACUGCUGCUCAUUCCUCUUCUCCUGCUGUUCUGUCAGUGUGGAGGAGCAAACACCAUCUUUCCUGACAAAUUUAGUGAUAUCCCAUUUGACGCCAAAGAACACCUCAUAUCAUACCACACUGAAGGCAAAGGCGAGGAUAAGGAAGUGCCACUCCAAAGUGUCCCUAUCUUGUUGGAAGACCAAAAGAAAGUUUGGGCCGCACCAGCACUGAACUUAAACGGCAUGGCUUCAGAGAUCACAAAAACUCAUCAGUCAAGUGCUUUCUAUGAACAAUCUUUGCAGAAGUUUCAGGAAAACAGACAGAGUUUGAUGGAGUUCGACAAUGCCUAUGGGUUUUCAAGGCAAUCAUUCAACAAUAAUAGUGCUGGGUACAGUAGGCAAACAGUUCUGAGAACAACAGCCCUGUAUGACGAAAUUGCCUUACCUGAUGCCUUCCUCAAUGAGUACUACUCACAGAAGGCAGACUGUACUGUUCCAGUGAAGGAUGACCUUUUGAGGUAUGAUUUUGAAGGCCAGGGCUCCCCUGCAGGCUCAAUGGGCUGCUGCAGCCUCCUGGACUCUGAUGAUGACCUGCAGUUCCUCAGUGACCUUGGGCCAAAGUUCAAGACCCUAGCAGAGAUCUGUUCCCCUCCUACACCAACAACUGAAACCCUGCUGACACACCAAAUAGCAGGUGCUGUCAAAACCACAGUUGAUAUUGUUGAACCAAUCGUCAAGCCCAAAAUAGAGCCCACUGUCAAGACAACACAUACCGAUAUAAAGGCAGAGAGAGUCAUGUCAUCUACUAACAUCUCCAAAUCUGUUAGUACUGUAAAUACUGCUGCGCAAUCUGUGACACUUCCUCGCUCCAACGUUACUAACAUCAGUCAAUCUGCUACUCUGCCCCGUCCCGCGCAGACAGUCAUUCUGCAGCAGCAGCCAGUUUACUACACCACCAGCCCUGUUCUACAGCCUUUGCACUAUGUAGUUCAACCACAGCUUCAGAACACUGUUCUGCUGGCCAAUGGGGCCAGUGGAGCAAAUUUACCAGGCUAUUAUGUAGUCAGUAGGCCACAGAGUCCUCCUUCUGGACUUGUAAUCAGUGGCACCUCACACCCUCCCUCUGCUCUAGUUAUCCAGGGCACUGAAAGCCCCCAAAGCCCUGUCAGCCCUGCCAGUCCAGGAAGCCCCACCCUAUUGCUAUCUGGUAGCCCAGGUGUAUUUCCGGGCUCAGUCCCUACAGAGGGCUGGAAAAUAGCAGGGCCAAAUCCUGAUGGUACUUACGUGUUAGUUAAAGAUAAUAGCAGUCCAGCUGAGGCAGAGGGGGUGGACCCAGGCUCAUCUCAGGGCACUUUGCCCAGAGGUGCUACCCUGGUAAAAGAGGCUGCUCCUCCUCAGGGGGUGUUAGGCCCAGCAGCCCAGGGGAGUGCGUUUGGCAUUCAGCCAGGACACACUGUUGUUAAGAGGGAGGGUGUAUUUGCAGUAGGUAGCAAUUUGGGGAAAACACAGGUCAGGGAGCCAGGGCAGAUGGGUUUAGGUCCAGAGGUCAGACAUACUGGAAUUCAUCCAUCUGGGAUGAAUCCUGUUGGAAUAAGGCAGGUACAUGAGUCACAACAAAUUUGGCCACUGGAGCAAGCAGGGGACCCCACAAAAGAUGAAACUGUGCCUGAUCAGUUGACUAAAAUCCCAGAAUCUCAAACAACCACAUCUUCAGAUGUUAUAAGUCAAUCAACAGAAUCUAAUGACCCACAACAGAACACAGAGGAAGGAGCAAUGGGUGUUCACUCAAAAGAGCAAGAAAAUCUUGUACCAUCUGAAGGUUUUUCCAUGGAAGAUAAACCUGUGCUCACUCAAAUGACCUCCACAGAAGCUGUUCAGCUUGAAUCAGAUGUCUCUGAUUUAGUUAAUACAGACAAAGAGAAUGAAGAGACAUCAGCAUUUCCUCAAGGAGAGGGAGCCACUUCUACUGUAGACCACAUUAACAUUGUAGAAGAUCAAAUACAUGACAGCACAAAAGAAAACUUGGGCAGCCAGGAAGCAGCGCCUUUGGAAGAUGAAGAAGUUGAAGAAGAGGGGAAAUCUGUUCAUCUCAGCACAGUUGCAGGUCCAGAAGACGGAAGUUCUGAAUCUCAAUCAGAUGAAGUCAAAGAGGAUCAAAGUGACAGGGACCAGGAGGAAGAUGUCAGUCUAGCAGAUGAAGUUGUUUCAGACUUAGAAGCAAAUCAGGUCAUAGAUGCUUCUGAUGGUAUCAAUGCAGAAGAGAAUAUCGAGGAAAUAACUAUAGUCACCAGUGAUUCAUAUGAAGAGGUUAAGGCUGAGCAGGACCAACCGUUAGAAUCUGAAGUAGGACUUGGUGCUAUGGAUGCUCAAUUGUCAGCAAGUCCUUCAAAUGAGAUUUCGACAGAAACUUUAAAUACAUCUGACGAGAGGUCCAUACCUGAUCAAGAGGCAAUGCCAGAACUGCAGAUGGAUCAUAGUGAAGAGAUUAAGAUAGACGAAGGUCAUGCAAAGACAGAUGUUGUUGAUGCUGAAGCAAUAACGCCAUUGCAAACUGUGAGCACUACUUUAGCCAACCAAGAAGAAAAAGACCUGAAUGAUUCAAAUUUGAUAUCAGCCUCAGAAGAAAUAACCACUGAAGUACAAGAAGAGGGCCCUAAUGUGCCAACCAUUACAACAUCAGACCAACAUCAGCUUAUAGCUGAAGAUGAUGAUAAUCAACAAGAUAUAAUGUUAGAAUCAGACAAGGAUCAAGUCAGUGCAGAGGCAGGCAGUAUGAGUGAUGGAGAAAAAGAAGAGAGUAUUGUGGAGGAAGGAGUGUCACAGCAAAGUUUCAGCACAUCUGAUGACCAAGAUGAAGAUAUUGAAAGACAAGAUGCAUUGAGCACAAGUUCUCAAAUGGAGGAAAAUUUCAUCUCAGAUGACAACAUUAGUGACAUAGAGAAAGAUGAAGAUGAUGUGGAGGAAAUGGUGUCAAAAGAGGAGCAAAAUAUAAGCUCCUCAGAUAGUCAAGAUGGGGAGAGUGCAAACAAAGAAGCAUCGAGCACAAGAUCUCAAGUGGAUGAUAACUUAAUGCCAGAUGAUAACAUAAAUGGCCCAGAAAAAGAGGAGGAGGAGACUUUGGAGAAAGUGGCAUUAUCCACACAGCAAAAUUUUAGCAUCAGAGACAACCAAGAUGAAGAGAGUGAAGAAGAGGCUGUAUCAGGAAGAAAUUCUUCACUGGAGGAUCAGCUAGUCACAGAUGAUGAUAUAAAUAUUGGAGAGGAAGAGGAUCAUACUGUGGAGAAAGCGACAUCAUACAUACAGCCACAUCUCAGCAUCUCAAAUGACCAAGAUGAAGAGAUCGUAAAAGAAGAUGCAGGAGGUGUGACUUCCCAGGUUGAGGAGAAGCUCACCUCAGAGAGAGAUGGAGUCAAAGAGGAGGGUAGUGUGGAGGAAGAGGUGUCACCUGUACAUCAAAAAACUUUCAUCUCAGCAGACGACAGUGAAAAAGAUGCAUCCCACACAGUAUCUCAAGUGGAAGAAAAGCUGAUCUCAGAUGAAACUGUAUGUGAAGGCCAAAAAGAGGAGAAAAAUACAUCAUCCUUAGAGCGACAUAUUAGCAUUUCAAGUGACCAAAAUGGAGAGAGUGGAAGAGAAGAUGCACAUCACACAAGUUCUCAGGUAGAUGGAGAAGCCUUUAAAUCUUACCAGCCUUCAGAAGAGGGCUAUCAGUCUUUAGACACUGAAAGUUUAUCAGCAAUGUCAAAGGUGGCUGAAACUCAAGAAAUGCCUUGUGAAGUUACUACACAACAAGUAAGGCAAGGGAUAGAGUCUUCUCAGACAGGUGAUAUAACUCUGGAUAUUCCUGAGAGACAAGCUUUAGUGAGAGGUGCUAACAUGGAGGGUUUGGAUGAAGUGAUCACAUCUUCAGAGGAAUUAGGAUCAUCCAGGGUGGCCACAGGACAGGUUUCUAUGUCCAGUGAAGAUAAAGGGGCCAGUGGUAGAAUAUUGGCAUCUGGAAAGAUUGCCGGUGGGGAUCUCACUUUGGAAGAAGGCAAAGCAGAGGCCACUUUUGACCCAGAGAUUAGAGAGGGAUUGGGUAGUGGUGCAUCUAAUGCAUCAGGUCAAGUAUCACCAACAUCCUAUUCAGAGAUAAAAGUUGUGGACAAGGCCAUAUCUUCAAAGCUGGAAACAGACUUAGGCUCAGCAGAGACAGGAACCGCAACUUUUAUUGCAACUAGUGAGGUAGGUGAGGAGGCAGGUGACCUUGUUCAGGAUGAGAAUGUGCACAUAACAGGAGAAGAAGCAGAGGUAGACCCAAAUACUGAGGGGAAAGCUGGUUUGAUAGAGGUUGUGUCAAAUGCCUCAGAUAACAUGUAUGUGGCUGAGGCGAGUGGUGGCGAAGUGAGUCCUGUUCAGACAGUCAUUGGCCAAACUCCUCGGAACAAAUUCAGAUGGAGUAAAAAGGAUUCCAACAAGAAUCCUCGUAGUCCAAAAAGCCCUUCUGGAAAGUGUAAACAACAGUGAUUGCAUUCAGUGUUUGAAGCCAUGUGAACAACUAUACAGUUACCCAUAGCAUAAAUGUGGACGUGCUAUGCCCCCAGUAGAAUGGCAACUUUCUGCACCAAUGUCACCAGAAAUUACUUGUGUUUUAUCAAAGUAAAUCUUCAAAAAAAAAUGCAGGAAGGCUUCUUUACCCAGAAAAUAUUCCAAACUCAAUAUUUGAGGCUACUGUUUAGACCAUCAUAUAGUCAAGUGAUCACAAGUGCUGGAUAUAAUGAUUGCUCAGCUGAUGACAGACAUUGACCAGUAAGGCCUUCACAUCAGAUGUUUGCUUUGCGUUGCUGUACUGAGGCUGUGUAGGGCAGACAGGCACAAAGUUAAGCAAGUCAAGUGAAAAGGGCAAAACACACCAGCAGUGUUUGACACACUCAAAUCACUCGUCCCCUAUGUAAGCUAUCUAUAAAAACCAAACAUCUAGAGACAGAUUAAACCACACCAGCCAGCAAUGAUUUAAGUCAAGGUAGCAGGAUACUACUGUGUUGUCAUUUCCAACAUUGAUGUGUGUCAAAGCUGCAAGAAAGGGCCAUUUUGUUACAGUAUCACCUUGGAGCAGCACAUCCCAGCUGCCAUGCCUUGAAUCUGCGACCAGUAUGUUGCACUUUGGGGUUUUAUAGGCUGGGUGCGAUUACCAACUCUGCCCCCAGUUUCCAGGUGCAAACUCUGAAAAUACUGAACACUCCAAAUAGCACAAAGAGUUUACCUUCUGAACUUCAAUGCCCAGAAAUCAUUUAAUUAAUGCUCGCUGACUGUCUAUAAAAUAAAACAGUACCAACAGGUCUGUUAGCCAACAAACAUUAGCUAAUUGUUCGACACCCUAACUGCAUGGCCAUACUAGACCAAGAAAGACUAUAACAGCAAAAUCCCUGAGUGUAUUCAAGGUGAGCAAAGGUGGAUCUCGUCAUUAUUAUUUCAUCUUUUGAUGUGCAAGAGAAUGAAGAUGAUAUUUCUGCUUUUAAAAUGUGCAUAGUCUCACCUUCACACAUUCACAUUCACAUUCAUUUGAGGAAAAUAAUACAUCAUUGAAGAUUUUUAUUAAGAUUGGGAAUUUGGGAAAUUUGUGUGUUUGUCAAUUCAUUGAUAAUUGAUUUACAAUUGAACAUAUGAUUGUUUUACAGUAUUGAUUAUAAACAUCAUUGAUGUAAGCAUAGCAUUUACAUAAUCAGGAAACAUUUAUCAGAGCUGUUUUCUGUGAUAAAAGACCUGUCAAGAUCCAAUCUUGUGUUCAAACCUUUGGCGGCGGCGAAUCCUUUUGUUUACAAUCACUUGUACAUAGUGCCUUAAAUGUCUUUAAGGCGGCAUCUGCAAUUCUGGAGAGAAAUUGUUGAUAUUUCAACUCAUCACCCAAGCAAAUUGACCCUCCUGUCAGUGUUCCUUCAGAGGCAAAGGAACAUCCCUGAUGUUAUUUACGUAUCAGUGCUACAGGGUGUAGCUCCCUUUCUUUAUGGGCGAGGACAUGGCAGAGGAAGAGUAGCCAGCAUGAUAUUGUGUAGCUCAGCCCGAGCCACUUUUGUUUGUUUCCCAUUAACAGAGCCAGUGCUGUCUAUGAAUACUGGGUUUUAGGGUUUUUUAAUAGUUUGUUUUUCUCAGACUAUGAGGAGAUAUUUGCUGAAUUUGAAAAAAAAACAAAGUUAAGUAUUAGAAUCACAGACUGUACCUUUGUAUCUUUAUUCAUACUAUAGUUCGUGUUGGAGGCCGCUCUUCUUACUUGCUUUGAGCUGAAAUGUAACAUGUUUAACAGGUUGAAACAUGCUAGAUUUAUGAACACAUACAUUCAAGUGCACCUGCAUGUGGGAACAAAUGUCAGGAUUAGUUUGGUGAUUUUAUCUUCUUUACAGACUCAUAAGAAAUCGCAAUUUUUAUUAAAAUGCAAUUUAGGAAUGCUGAUAACUGUUGUUAUGUCAUUUAAAUCAGUCAGUGUGAUAUUCAGUAUACUGUGUGUUGUGUACAGUAAAUGUACUCUUUGUUCAGCACUGUAAAUGUUUUAUGUUCUUUAAUUUUCUUUUCAAGCCAAUAAGAAGAGGGAGCGGUGUGCUGGAUUUAUUAGAAGUUGCAGAGUGCUCUCAGGGCAGGUAGUUAUUUGGAUGUGAACCAGCUUCUUUGUUGUACAUAUAAUUAUCAUCAAAUCCCUGAAUGCAUAAACCACGCAUUACUAAGACAAGAUAAACUAAACAUGAAAAAUCCCUGACUUAAGGUUGGAUUGUGUUGAUUUGACAUAUAUGUAAAGUUAGACCUUUCUUUUUAACGGCUAUGACACCGAUUUGCAUGAAAGGAGUAGAGGAGUGGAGAAUAGCAUGUGAAAAUAAAAUUCAAAAUAAAAUUCAAAUCCACCUUAUAAGGCUGUAUUAGCACAUGACUAAACAUGCACUAACCUAAGACAGCUGAAUCUCACAAAAUCAUGUAAAAUGACCAUGACCUCUUAACCACAUUAAAGGGUGGUGGCUUGUAAUGUGUUUUAAUUAUGUGCUGGUACCACAUAAACAAUGCCAAUGGAAAGUCAACCCUUUUGUCACACAGACACAUAAAUUCCCUCAGUCAACAACUAAUGCAAGCGGCAGUGGUUAGUACAAAAGUCCUAUAGGUACCUUUAACCCAAGACACCUGUCUGUGUCCUGUGGAAAAACCAAAAGUCAGUGUAAACUUAAUUUAACUUUAUUUUAUGUACUUACAUGCUGUCAUGUGAUGUUACAUGAUGUACUUGGGGUGCUAUUUUCAGGCUACCGUCACAUAUUGCACUUUGCAUCUUCUGAUAUUUUCCUUCUCUUAUUCAUAAUUUAGGUGGUGUUGGUGUAAAUUUAAAUUAGUGUUUAAAUCAUGAAUAGAGAGAAUGAGUCUGGUUCUUUAAAUGACACCUUCUAUAGGAGCCAUUAGUGAUGUAAAACGCUUAUAGGAUGCUAACCUGUCCUGUAUGGGUCACCGUCAUGUCAUGGGUGUGGUAAUAUAAGUAGGACACCGCGUUAUGUCAUGCUGAUUUUUAGAAGUGAAAAAUUGUUCUUUGUAUGGUGUUUAUGGACACAGAUUGGUGAGUUGUUGCAUGUUUUAGU